AUGAGCAGCAGAGGCCAUAGAAGCAAGCUGAGAAAAACUGAGGACUCCUUAAGGGUUUGUUCCCCUCAAACGUCUUCAAGGGAAGAGCCUGUGCUCUUUGCCUGGUGCAAGAAAGGAACUAGCAGACUGAAAUCAGCCACAGACCCAGUUGCUCUGGCCAAAACCUUCAAAUCCUUCUUGACUCUUAACACUCCUCAGAUCCACUGCUUCAGCAAAUCUUGCCAGCUUUGCCUUCAAACCCCCAGUGAGAGUCAAGGAGUGCCGAGGGGACCAUAUCCACCUGGCCAGCUGCCACCGCCUCCUCGUCUACCCUACAAACGAGGACAGAAUCCAUCACGCCUCCCUCCUCUCCGUGGCCCAGGACUUAUUCCACCACCUCCUCCUCUUCGUCCACCAGGGCGCAUUCCUCCUCCUCCUCGUCGUCGUCCUCCCUUUGGCCAAGCACACAUUCCAUCUCAACCCCUUCCAUUGGGACCUAUUAGACAUCCUCCACCCUUUCCAGGUUACCCAAAACCACGCUUCCCACCAAGACCUUACCCUCCAGGACUACCUCUCUUUGCUCCUCUGCACCCUAACCUUAAACUCACAAUUAAAACAACCACAACAGCUACAACCACAACCAGUACCACUACAGAACCCACCACGACCACCACAAGAGAAACCACUCCCACUUCCACAGAACCCACCACCAUAACAGCAACCAAUCCCACUUCCACAGAACCCACCACCACAAUAGCAACCACUCCCACUUCCACAGAACCAACCACAACAGCAACCACCAUCACUUCCACUGAACCUACCACUACAACAGCAACCAUUAUUGGCACUGAACCCACCACCACAGCACCCACCACCCCAGCAACCACCCCCACUUCCACGGAACCCACAACCACCCCCACUUCCACAGAACCCACCACAACAGCAACCACCCUCACUUCCACUGAACCUACCACUACAACAGCAACCAUUAUUGGCACUGAACCCACCACCACAGCACCCACCACCCCAGCAACCACCACCACUUCCACAGAAUCCACCACCACAUCAAUAGCAACCACCACCGCAGCAUCUACCACAGCUACUACUCAAAUUACAACUAACCUUCCCUCCACCACACUGCCCAACACCACUAUCCAAGUUACAACUCCCAAUCAAACUACAUCAAAAAGUUUAAUUUUUAAAAGUUUUUUGGAGAAAUUACUUUCAUUUUUGUUAGGAUAUUUGAGAAAUGAUAUUUUCCAACUGCUGUAAGCUUUUAGGAGAAAUGAACUUCAUUUAUUUCAAUGGAACCAAUCCUGAUCUAAUCAGCACACCAAACAAAUAAAGUA